CCGGAGCGACCGUUGCAGGCUAGAGCCAGGGUCCGGCGUUUGCUGCCCGCGCCCGGCUGAGAGCGGCGCGGCCAUGGCGCACGGCCCGGAGCGGGAGGACACCAGCUACUCCGGCGGCAGCCCGACCCUGUCCGUGAGAUGGGUGCAAGGAUUCCCUAAGCAACAUGUUCAUUUUGUCAACGACAACACCUUUUGCUACGCUAGUGGGAAUUAUGUGAUAUUUAUUGAUAUUGAAACCAAGAAAAAGACUGUACUGCAGUGCAUUAAUGGAAUUGUGGGCGUCGUGGCAACUAACAUUCCCUAUGAAGUUGUGGCUUUUUCUGACCGGAAGCCAAAACCCCUCAUCCACAUAUACAACUUUCCUGGAUUGACCAGAAGGACCAAAUUAAAAGGCAAUGUUCUUCUGGACUACACUUUACUUACAUUCAGUUACUGUGGCACCUACCUGGCUAGCUACUCCUCUCUCCCAGAAUUUGAACUGGCCCUUUGGAACUGGGAAUCGAAUGUCAUUUUGUGCAAGAAAUCACAGCCUGGGGUGGAUGUGAGCCAGAUGUCUUUUAACCCCAUGAACUGGCACCAGCUGUGCUUAACAAGUCCAAGUACAGUGAGCGUGUGGACCAUCGAAAGAAGUAACCAGGAGCAUUACUUCAAACCAAAGCUGGUGAAACUACCUCUAGAAGAUGGGUCAUUUCUCAAUGAAAUGGAUGUAAUUUUCCCCCAGUCAGUGCCCAAAGAUCCCAUCUAUGGACCUGUGCUGCCGCUGUCAGCCAUCGCUGGGCUCGUAGGUGAAGAGGCAGAAACCUUCAGGCCGAAAGACGACGUGUAUCCUUUGCUUCACCCAACUAUGCAUUGCUGGACUCCAACAAGUGAUCUCUAUGUUGGCUGUGAAGAGGGUCAUCUUUUAAUGAUUAAUGGAGACACCUUAAAGGCAACCGUGCUUAAUAAGAUAGAGGAGGAACCACAAUUGGAAGACAGAAGAAAUCUUAUCAGUCCAGUCACCUUGGUAUAUCAGAAGGAGGGCGUGUUUGCUUCUGGAAUUGAUGGCGUUGUGUAUUCUUUUACUAUUAAAGAUUCAAGUUACAAAGUAGAGGAUUUUCUUGAGAUUGAAAGGCCUAUUGAACAUUUGAUGUUUUCUCCCAGUUACAAAAUGUUACUGAUUCAAACAGACAAGGGAUCUGUUUACAUCUACACUUUUGGUGAGAAGCCAACAUUAGAUAAAGUCCUAGAUGCUUGUGAUGGGAAAUUCCUGGCAAUUGACUUUGUCACUCCUGGAACCGAACACUUCAUGACACUUACACAUUCAGGGGAAGUUUGUGUUUGGUGGAUGGAAGAUUGCACUUGUGUAAGCAAGAUUUAUCUGAAUACCCCAGCCAUGGUCCUGGCUUGCUCUCCCUCCUCCCUCUGCGCGGCCGUGGGCACCGUGGAAGGCUCUGUCCACUUCAUCAACGUCCAGGAUCCGGAAUCCCCCCAGGUCCUUCACAAGGCCUUUCUCUCCGAAUCAUCCGUGCAGCACCUCGUUUAUGACCAGAGAGGACUAUUUCUGUUGGUUGGAACAUCAGAAGGAAACGUCUUUAUUCUCAAUGCCAAGCCCACAAGCUCAUUUCAGAUUAUCGGAUUCACAGAGGUGGGCAAAGACAUUUUGCAAAUAUCCACAGUGUCUCUUCUGGAAACAGAUAUCGUGGAAGUGCUGGCGCUUUCCCCGCUUCCAGAAACAGGAAGAAGCAGGCUGGAAAUGUUCACUCUGCCUGUGAUACUACCACACGUCUCUGCAACCUUUGCUGAUGAACGAGGGAGGCUGAGAGAUGAAUUCAUUCAUAAGUACCUGUAUGAGGUGGACCACUCUCUGUCCUCUGCCGUCUUGGACUUUCAAAGUAACCAAAUAUAUGGCUUCUGUAAUCAAGUGCCGUACAUCUGUAGCUAUCCUCUUCCUGAAGAAGAACAUAGUGGUGUUUGCAUUCUUAAACCAUACCAAAAAGUGCAAAGCAAACAGUAUGGACCUGGAAUACUCUAUCUGUCUUCACAUGGAUUGUGGCUUGCAACAAUAGCUAAAUGUGGAAUUCUGUGUAUCCGAGAUAUUUAUUCUUUGGAAACUUUUGCUCGGUGUCGGAGUCAUUCUCACCAGGGGCACGGGAUUCAGUCCAUGAGAAUUUCAGCAAACGGAGAAAACAUUCUGGUGAAUGGGACAGAUGAUGGCACCCUUAUCUACCUAAAAUGGAGGCAUCUUGGAGGAAACUUAGCCACUGAAAUUUUUGACUAUUCCCAAAGACUACUAACUUCUCUGAUCAGUACCAUGGAUGAGGAGAAUUAUUAUUUAAGUACAGCACCAGAAAUUUCCUUAGACUUGGGAUCUGAACCUGAACACACAAUACAGCAGGAUAUGAGGACUAGCAUUGACUCAUCACAAGACGAAUUAGUCUCAACGGAUGUUAUAAAGGAAAUUCCCUGGAUACAACAAAAAAGCCAAGAGGCCAUCAAAAAGGAAGUUAAUCUGUUUUCAGAGAAAAGGAAAGAGAUAAAAAGAGGAAUCAAAGCACUUGCCAAAACUGUUCUGAAGAUGAUGGAAGAAAAUGAAACAGUAGAUAAUAUUGCAAAAUUAGAACAAUGUGAAUUUGGCCUGGAUCUUGAAGAACUGAAAAGGCUUAAUGAUGAAAGUGAGGAAGAAGUGGCAAAGAUGAGAAAGGAUGCAGAGAUGUACAACCUAGCCAAGAGCUAUUUGGCUGAACUUAUCAAAGAAGAAUGCUGGAGAUCCAUGGUGGUGAAAGGUCGAGCUCUUAAGUGCUUUCACAUCCCCUAUGUGGUUGAGAACUUCCCAAUGAAAGAUCGCACUGAGGAAGAGCAGAAAGAAUUGGAGAGAGUUAUACAGCAAAAGAAGAUCGAAGCAGAGUGUCUGAAACUACGAAAGGAAAUUGUAGAGGUUCAUUCUGCAAUUGGCUUGGUUAAAAAGCAUCAUGAAGAGGAUGAUGAGGAAGAGGAAGAGGAAGACAAGAUAGCAAAAAAUGCCAACUUGCCCAAUUACCUUCUCGGGAGUCUGAGUACUGAUUUUGGGGUAGAUACCUCAUUGCUGACAAGCCAAUUAGAACUUCAUUCCAGAGAGGAGAAAAUUAACCAAAUUAUAUUACUAAAAGAUAUCAUUUACAAGGUAAAAACUGCUUUCAAUAGAGAGUUUGAUGCCGCAUAUAAACAAAAAGUGUUUGAAAUUGCACGUGUGAAGGAAAGAAAUGUUCGAAUUCAAGAAAUCAUUUUAGAUCUGGAGUUGGAAGAAAAAGUCUGGCAACCAGAAUUUGAGGACUGUGAGAUGCCGGAGAGAAUGCUCGUUGUGGAAAAUGAGGAGAUCACAGCUCGCAAGCACGUUAAUCCCUGGCAAAAAGCCAAAGCGGAAUUGAUUACAAUCCACGAAAUGGAGCGUCGGCUUCAGUCUCAGAGCACCGACACGAGACACCGAGCCCUGAAUGACAUGAUGGGAGGUGUUCUGGAAGUGAAGAAGGAAGACAUUUUGAGAAUGGUGAUUCCUCAGCCUCCUUUCAUGACAAAACCUGAUGCCAUGUGGACCGAAGAGGAAAGGAAAGAAUUCAAAGAUUAUGAGAAAAAAGUCAAGGAGUUAAAUGAAGAAAAGGAUAAGUACAGAAAGUCAUUAGAAGCAGAAUUGAAGAAACUUCAAAACUCUAUUCAAGAAAGCACACAGAACUUUGAUGAACAUUUGAAAAGACUCUUUGAAAGGAGAGUAAAGGCAGAGAUGGUUGUCAACCAGGAGGAAUUGAAAAUAAAUAACCUUGUUUUUUCUUUACUGUUGGAUGAAGAAUUAAGCUCCAGAGAACUAUUCCUGAGCAACUACCUUGCAAAGCAGCAGCAGGAGAAAAGCCAGACUUCAGAAGCCAUCCGGAAAUCUAGAGAAGACCUGGAUAUGUACAAGGAAGAGUAUGACAACUUACUGGCAGAAGACAAAAUUCUCGAUCGGAGCUUUAAAAAGGAAUUUUCUGAAAUUCCCAGUCAUCAAGUCGAUACACUCUACAAACUUUUUAAACGCCGACCAAGGAUUCACAAGCAGAAAACACACACAGAAACAACCAGUAUUGUCCCUUUUGGAGAACGACCAGGAUCUGGCAAGUUGAAUAGGGAUAACUUCGCCCAGUUAAUGAAGGCCAUGGACGAGCUGGACAAUAUUCAUAACAUGCCAGAAGGCUUGGACCCCUCGGUCUGGGAUCAUUUCUGCGCAACCAGACGAACAAAAGUGGAAAAUGAACAGAAAGUAAAGCAGAAAGCAGCUGGCUUAAUGGAAAUGGUGGCUUUCCUCCGGAAAAGAGUUGAGGAGGAUGAAAAGGUGCAACAAGAGAUUGAGAAAGUGUUCCAUGAACUCAUCCUAUUACAGGAAGAAAAAGUGAAAUUCCAGUUGAAUUUGACAAUCCAAAUUCUUCUUAAACAAGGACAAGUAGAACUGGAGAAUUUCCAGUUAGUACUGGACUAUCCUGAUGCAAUUCUCAUCAACAAGACCAUAAUUGAAGACCUGAAUUCUGUGAUUCGGACUCAAGGACAAAAGAAAGUUGCUAGCAUGAUGGAAACUAAAGAGGUACACAAAGGAAUAUAUCAGAUUGAAUGGGAGCAUAAGAAAAUGGAGAUGGAAAUGGAAGAUCUAAAUCAAAAGGCUUGGGAUAUUCAGAUGCUGUUUUUCUCAAGAGAUCGUCAAAAGUACCUAAAUGAACCCAACUAUGAGUCUCUGAUUAGUAUUCAGAUUGGCAUAAUGGAGCAAACCAUUGCUGUUAUAGAUAAGACCCACAAAAAGAAUGUGGAAAACUGCAAAAAACUACUCAAAAAACUGGGAAAGUUCAGCAAUCAAAAAGAUGUAGCAAAUUAUAGUCUAAGCUGCAAUCUACGAGAAGAGUUGGUAGCUGUGUCAGAGAGAAAAGACAUCUGUAAUGCAAUGGGCUCUAAAUUGACUUGUGAAAAGAUUGUCCAAGAACGACAUGAAAACAUGAUGCAACAACAGAAGUUAACAAAUAUUUCAAAACAACAAGCUGAAGAGAUUUCAAUACUACAGGCUGAAGUAGAAAGAUUACGGAUGAAAACAUUUCCUGCUCUUGUUAAAAUGUAAAAACACUGGCAGGAAAACACAAGGCCAAAUUAAUCAUUUUAAAAAUCAUUUCAUUUGGGUAAAAUCAUUUCUUUUUCUUUCAUACUGGGAAAUUUAAGUAGAGUCUCCUUUUAGUUGCAUAUUUUUAAUAGCCAAUUGUUUAAUUUUACCCUUGGUCAGCAUAUAAAUUUUGGUCCUGCAUGAAUAAAUGUGUAAAAUACCAUGAA